AUGUCGCAACAAGCCAACGCAAGCCAUGUACGCACAGUUGUCGUGAUCGGCGCUGGUGUCGUAGGCCUAGCUUCGGCCAUCAAAAUACAGGAGGCCAUCGGAUCCCGCAAGGCAAACGGGCAAGCUGAUAUCCAAGUGCUUCUCGUGGCACGAGAAUGGCCCAGCUCAAUUCCCGGCUCUCCCUCCAAGCACUCGGCCAAUUACGCCUCCAUGUGGGCGGGUGCCCAUGUGCGGCCGAUUCCUGCAACGACGCCGCAAUUGCGACGCGAAGCCGAGUGGCUCAAGCAAACAGUGGCAGAAUUCAGCUGUCAGGUGGAAACGGAGCCAUGGAGCGGCGUCACUCGCUGUAAGGGCAUUGAGCUCCUAGAGGCCCCCGACGAGGGCUACCAGAAGCAGGACGCCAGAAGCUUUCUGGAGGAGACUGGCCUUCCGCGGUAUAGGAAGUGGUCCGAGUCGGAACUCCCCAAGGGUGUGGUUCUCGGCUACGAGUAUGAGACGUAUUGCGUGAACACUCCGGUAUACUGCCAGGCCCUGCUACGCCGAUUUAUCCUCCGAGGCGGCAAAACUCUCAAGCGGGAUCUCAAGACGGAAUGGGAAGCAUUUGGGUUGCAAAAAAAUGUUGUCCUGGUCAUCAAUGCCAGUGGCACCGGAUUCGGAGAUCCAAAAUACUUUCCGACGCGAGGCCAAACAGUUGUCACCGACAUGGACGAUGCAACCACGACGGUGACGCGCCAGAACAAAGAUGGCACCUGGAGCUUCAUCAUCCCCCGGUUCUUCUCAGGCGGCACCAUCGUCGGCGGCACCAAGCAGCCUGGUGAGUGGUCCACAGAACCGGACGCCGAUACGCGCGCUACGUUGCUCGCUGGUGGGCGGGAGCUUCGCCAGUUUGCCAGCUCCUCUGCCCACGCCGCGCGAGAUGUCUCCGUCAUUGCGGAUGUCGUCGGCCGUCGGCCCACGAGAGAGGGAGGGAUGCGGAUAGAGCUAGAAAAGGGGUCCGUUUCGGGACAGCAGGCGACGGUGUUGCAUGCGUAUGGCGCGGGAGGCCGAGGCUAUGAGACGGUCUGGGGAAUCGCGAAUGAAGUUGCGCAGCUGGCGAGUGAUUUUUUGGCCCAGAAAGUUUCCAUUCUAUCCAAGCUGUAG